AUGAUGAUCCUGAUGCUCAUCACCAUGAUCUCCUGUGUCUGUGCAGGAACAUUAGUUGUGAAUGUGACACAGACCAACUAUCAGGCAGAGGUGGACGACAGCAUCACUCUGGAAUGGACGUUCACACCCAGAAGAGACAGAUCCCCCAACUUACUCUUGAUCACGUGUGACCAGGCAACAAACAAAAGAGGCCCUACAGUGUUACAUCUAGAGGACGGUUUUGAGGUCUCAGAGCUUCAGGAUGAACAGUUUUCAGGACGAGUCAAGUGGGACAGAGACGUCCUCAGAGAAGGACGACUCAGACUUCAUGUGUCCAGACUCAGGACUGAAGACUCAGGCCGGUACAAGUGUGUAGUGCAGACAAGAUAUGGCCUGAGUGAUGACCAAUGCUGGCUCAAUGUCACUGCCACUGUUGAUCAGGAACAACAUACGACUCCAACUGAGAACCCAGAGCCACAGGGUCGGGAAAGGUUCUACAUCUUACUAGGUGCACUAAUAAUGACAGCAGGAAUCAUAAUAUUAGGGACGGCAGCAGCAGCAGGAAGGAAAAUAGCUAAUGUAGUGAUAAGAGUAAUAGUAGUGAUAGCAGCAGUAGUAGUGAUAGUAAUAGUAUAUUCAGGUUGA